AUGGCUAAUCAGAAGAAACCCGAAUGGCCGAAGCUCCGGUACGGGGAUGGCGAGUGCAAACGCUGCCGGGAACUCGAUAAACUGAAGCUGGAACCCAAGCCCGAUGACCUCGAUUAUAUAUGCCAGGAUGACGAUUUCCAGGGCGACGAAGAACUGAUGCUAAGGGUCAUCCACUACAGGAGGAAGCGUGACGUGACCGGUGUAAACGAGGAUUUGUUACCACCUGAUUCCUCUUACGAAGAAAGAACAAGGGUAAAGAAAGAGCUGAUGUGGACCUUGGCUUGA